GUGAAAAAUAAAAACGAAUAGUCCUUAAUCCCCUUUCGCGUUUCACUACCAGACAAAAAGAAGGGCUGUAGCUGUAGCACACAUGUACCCACCGAUAGCUACCCGUUUGAACAGUCCGUCGGGUUUCUCUUCACUUAUCUCCCUACUUUGUCCUCAAUAAUCCCUACAACUCCAUGCUUACUAGGCUGGUUAUGGCUGCCGAUGCAUUAAUUACACACCAUUAAUGAAGAAGGACACUGCAAAUGGACUACGAGAAGAUAACCAAAAGCCCACCACAGCUGACCCCAUUCAUCCUAUUUUGGGAAGUGGGGGAGGAGGUCUGUCUCCUGCGAAGUUGAGGAAUAUGUUGAAGAAAAAGAAGAAACAAGGGGAAGAUGAACUCGAGUCAAGUACUUUCUCUUUGGGAUCUCAAACUUCUGAGAUUGACGACUCUGGUGAUUGUUUAGAGAAUUACAAAGAUGUUGAUGUUGUAAGUGUACUUCCGGAUCAUACGCCUGAUACAUUGUUACCAGAACCUGAUAACGACGACAGAUCGAAGGAUCAUGAUGGUGAUUUGGACUACGAGAGCGGGAUCGAUAAGGUAAAUGUAUCAGUACCAGUAUCAUUAUCACCCUUCGAGUUUCAGAAAUCCGAACGUUCCUCACAUAGAAAGAAGCCUUUAGCUCCAUUCUCCAAAGCGCCACCAUCAAAAUGGGACGACGCCCAGAAAUGGAUAGCUAGCCCUACAUCUACCCGUCCAAAAAACGAUUCAAAGAAAAACACUCAUGUCAACCAUGGAAACCGGCAACCAAUCACGAAGGUGGUGGUGGAAGUUCCAGUUCCAGUUCAAGUUCCCGUUCCCGAUCAAAGAUUAAUCCCUCCUUACGAAGAGCCUGACACCAAACAGAUGGAUUCGUAUAGCAGCAAAUCUGUACUCAUGAUUGAAGACACCGCAGCAGUUAAUUUAAGUCGCCAUGAUUCUUCUGUAUCGAUCCAGAACACAACGUUUGUCCCUCCUCCUUCAACAGCAAGAUCUGUAUCAAUGAGAGACAUGGGGACUGAAAUGACUCCGAUUGCUAGCCAAGAGCCAUCAAGAACAGGGACACCUGUAAGGGCCACGACUCCUAGUAGGAGUCCAAGUUCUUCACGACCUGCAACUCCAGAAAGAAUCACCAAUCCUUCAAAUCUAGGGUUGGAAGGUGGUAGUAACAGAGAGUUAUCUGAAAAGGAGUUGCAGAUAAAAACUAGAAGAGAGAUAAAGGCUCUUGGAACUCAGUUGGGGAAGACGAAUAUUGCUGCUUGGGCUAGCAAGGAAGAAGAAGAUAAAGAUGCAUCUUCUUCUUUGAAAGUUUUGGCAUCUGAAAAAUCGGGUAAAACUGCUAUUGAGAUGCGUGCAGCUGCUUGGGAAGAUGCUGAGAAAGCCAAGUAUAUGGCUAGGUUCAAACGUGAAGAGGUAAAGAUAGAGGCAUGGGAAAACCAUCAAAAAGCAAAGACUGAAGCUGAAAUGAGGAGAAUUGAGGUAGAGGUAGAGCGGAUGAGAGGUGGAGCACAUGAUCGAUUGAUGAAUAAAUUAGCAGCUGCAAGACACAAAGCUGAAGAGAAACGGGCUGCAGCAGAGGCUAAGAGAAACAGGGAAGCUGCAAGAGCAGAAGAACAAGCAGGGUAUAUUCGUAAAACUGGUCGAAUACCAUCUUCAUUCUCAUGUUAUAGAUGCUGCUUUUAAAGUUUUAAGUUAAAAAUUCUUUUGUUAGGAAACUCUGUGUCUGAUGGUUUUGUUGUAAUCCAAAGAUCUUUAUUAUAUAGAUGCCACGUUGUAUAAUCCAUUCAUGUUUCUUUAUCUUUAUAUGUUAGUAAAC